AGAGAUAUGACUGGUCAAAACUUUCAAAAACUCAAACCCCAAGAGAGAAGAAAAAAAAAAAAGUAGCACUAGUAGUAGGAGUGCACAGUAGUAGAAGUAAGAGUAACUAAAAAAAAAACAAAUUGAGAAAGCUAACGGUGAAAAUGAAAUAGAAAGAGAGAAAAGAGAAGAAGAUAUGAACGCAAGCAAAGUAGCGAGCGUUAGAAUUUAUAGAAAGAGAAAGAAACAGAGGAAAUAAGGGAAGCUACGUAGAAAUCAGAGAAAAAACGUGUUUCUUCUUUUUUGAUUUUCCAAAUAUUUUCAUUUCAUUUCAUUGAAUUGAAUUCAAUGGGAUGAAAACAAAAACCGCCCAACAAACUCUUUCAAUAGAAAGAAAUCACCUCUCUCUCUCUCUCUCUCUUUUCUCUUUCUCUUUCUCUUUCCUUUUUUGUAUAUAUAUUAGUAUGCGUUCGUUAAAUUUGGAUGGGAUUCUCACAAAGUGAGAGAGAGUGAGAGUGAGAGAGUUAGGGUUUGGUUGCGGAGUCUUUUCGGCUUGGAGAUCUUGAGGAUUGCGCUUGCGGUUUGAUCCGCGCUGAGGGAUGGAAAAGCUUGCAUUUUGAUUAUACCCUUAAUACAUGGGCAUGAUAUAAUGGGUAUUUAGAUGUAUGGAGCAUCAUAUUUCGGUGUGAAAUCGUUCCCGCCUUAGUAAAAUGGUUGUAGAUAUAUAUUCUGUACUCUGCUUGGCAUGGUUCAAUGCAUUUUGAGAUUUGUUGGCCAUCAAGCAGCUUCGUUCCUGCCCUGAAAGUGAUUAGAGAGGUUGUUAAAAUGGUGUUCAGAUAUUCUCUUGAGGAUUCAACAACGAAAGUGCAAGGAGCAGGUUGUGAACCACCAGUCACAGUUGGUGUUCAGGGUUGUGAUAAGUCAAAGCUUCCCAAAUCCCAUGAUCAAGACUUUGGGCUCUUACAGCAGAAUUUGCAUCUGUUGGCAGAUUCUCUAUUGGCCAGAAAUAAUAACUCAAAAGCAAGUGAUGGUUUAAAAUGUUUGCUUGACAAGGAGAGGCAUGAUUCUAAUUUGGACCAUAUAGUACUAAAGAAAAAGAAACCAAUGGUUAUAGCAAGAUCUGGAGAGAAUCAUGAAGGUCAAGCAUCUGAUGACAGCUUCCUACCAGGUCUCACGGAUGAUGUGGCUUUGGAUGUCCUGGCCUGGAGCAGCAGAUCAGGCUAUCCAAAUCUGGCCUCUUUGAAUAAGAAGUUCAAGUCAUUAAUUGACAGUGGAUAUCUAUAUAAUCUGAGGCAGCGGCUUGGUGUGAUUGAACACUGGAUUUAUCUAGCCUGUAUACUAAUGCCUUGGGAAGCAUUUGAUCCUGUGAAACAGAGAUGGAUGAGAUUGCCCAGGAUGCCUUGUGAUGAUUGUUUUACUUAUGCAGACAAGGAGUCUCUUGCAGUAGGGACUAAGCUGCUUGUAUUUGGCCGCGAGCUGUCAGGAUUUGCAAUUUGGAUGUAUAGCUUGCUUUCUCGUGAGUGGUCAAGAUGCCCUCUAAUGGACUUGCCCCGUUGUCUGUUUGGUUCAAGCAGCCUCGGGGAAGUUGCUAUCGUCGCCGGGGGAAGUGAUAAGUACGGUAAUGUUCUAAAAUCUGCCGAGCUUUACAAUUCUGAACUUGGUACGUGGAAAACUUUGACAGAGAUGGGUAAGCCACGUAAACUGUGUUCAGGCUUCUUUAUGGAUGGGAAGUUUUAUGUCAUUGGCGGCAUGUCGAGCCAUACAGAUCGUUUGACCUGUGGUGAAGAGUAUAACAUGGAGACUGGGACGUGGAGGAGGAUAGAGAACAUGUAUCCUGUUUCUGAUGCGGCUACUAGAGAGCCAGCAAUGUGCUCCCCUCCUUUAGUUGCUGUUGUAAAUAAUCAGCUUUAUUCUGCUGAUCAAUCGACAAAUGAAGUCAAAAAGUACAACAAGGUCAAUAACUCAUGGACUGUUGUGAAGAGGUUGCCGGUUAGGGCUGACUCAUCUAACGGCUGGGGACUAGCAUUUAAGGCAUGUGGAAACAGCUUGUUAGUGAUUGGAGGGCAUAGGGGACCUGAAGGGGAAGUUAUCGUGCUGCACUCUUGGGAGCCAAAGGAAGUAAACCAAGACUGGCAUGUCCUUUCUGUCAGGGAGCGAGCUGGUGCUUUUGUGUACAACUGCGCGGUAAUGGGCUGUUAAAUGUUUUGUUAUGUGUUUUUUCUUUGGUGCAAAUCUUUGACUUGGGGAAAAAAAACCAAAUAAUUUUAUCAAUUGGGAUGGAAAAGGAUGUUUUUCUUGGGUAUCAUCUAUUGCGGAGUUUAUGUUUUUAACUUGUGCAAUCUUCUCCCAUGGCCACCUGAUAUUGUUGGCUUUAAGAGAUCAUAAAGCUCUUUGGUCUUGGUAAGAGAUCAUAAAGCUCUUUGGUCUUGGUUUUUUAGAAUCCUAAUUUGCUGACCAUAAAUAAACAUCGGAAUUUCAUAAUCUAUUUAUCCUGGGAGCUCAUUACCUAAA